AUCAACAAGAUAGAAUUAACGAUGAGUUGUUCUAGACAAAUAGAGCCUACAUGGCGUGAUCCAAAAUUACGUGGUCCUCUUUAUCCCUUUUACCAGAAACCACAUAUGGAAGGAGAAGAGUGUGACUUGAUGGAGAAACUUGACGAGGAUGCUACCGAUUUAAUAGAUAGCAUCCGCUAUAAACGCGAAGGGAAAGCAUUCAGGACAUUGGAAUCAUUACAGUCUUACACCAAAGUAAAUGACCUCUUUGGCAUCUUGGUCGACUACCGUAUGAUGAUGGACUACGUCGAUAGAGACUAUCGAGACGAGGUGCCUAUACCCGAUACAUUGGAGCAAACCAAAACCAAAUGGGUAAAAGACACAAAAGAAUUGCAAAAGGAGCUCGAGGUGGAUAAAAACGGUAUCCAACUUUCAGUGUCUAAGUAUCAGUUGGAUAUACAGAAAGGAGAUACAGUGGAAAAUAACAAGAAGGCCUUGUUAGAAAGAAAAAAAGUAGAAGAAGAAGAGUUUUACAUUCACAAAAACGACAUCAUAGAAGGCUUGAAAGCAGUGGUGAAACCGUUGGACGAACAAAGGGUAUUGAUGAAAGAAUUUAUUUCAGAUUCUUUCAAGGAAGCAUAUGGGCCUGUGAUCGAUUUGGUCCAUUCUACCCUUUACCAUCGUUUAGUGGUUUGGCUUGAAGAUUUGUAUGUCCCACCCUAUGAAAUAGAUGAUAAGUAGGAAAAAACAUGUAAGAAAACAUUUUUAGAUAAAUAAA